AGAGAGAGAGAGAGAGAGAGAGAGAGAGAGAGAGAGAGAGAGGAGCGGAGACAAGUGGACGAACCCACCGGGAGGCAGCCAGCCAGCCAGCCGCUACUGAAUGUUUCAUUCCCUCCACCGAGCAUAACAAUUUCCACCUCCUCUGCUCCGAUUUAGAGACUUAAAACUGAAGACAAGGAGCAGUUUUCCUGGUGGAAUACCGAAUUUAAAAAAAAGAAGCAAAUUCCCAGAUGGAGGCUGGCGAUGAAAGAUGACUUGACAGUUAGAAACUAGCUCUACCUCGCCAGGAUAAAGACACCGUAGCGAUGUUUAAACCUCUCCGUGCGUAGCUGUCACCCUCCCCUCCAUUCCCCCUGCCGCCGUGGACUUACCAGUUUGUUUCAGUGUUGCUGUCGAAGGAGCAUUUUCUGAGCCGAGAUGACGGAAAUCAGCGAGAAGGAGAACGAACCGCAAAACCGAGACCUCCACCGGCCACAAGCCACCGUGCCCAGCCAGCCCGAAUCAAAGUUGCAGCGGUUGAAACGCUCCCUGUCCUUCAAAUCAGUCAUGCGCAGCAAGAGUGUGGACAACUUUUUCCAGCGCAGCAACGGCGAAUCCCGCCCUCCCUCAGCCCUCAUCACCACACCUCCACCCCCACCAUCUCCUCCCCCCUUCUCAGAAUCCCCCCUGGCCUAUGAGCGCUCUCCCUCCCAAUCCCCGUCCGCCAGUCCUAACCCUUCAUUGUCGUCACACUCACCCUCUGUCAGUCCCAAACUGUCCAUGACCUCCAAAAUCCAGCCAAAGUCUCAGGCCCAGCCAGUCAAGACCCACUGUUUCCAAGAGCAUGUCUUCCGUAGGCCUACCAGCUGCCAGCGAUGCAAACACAUGAUCCAAGGAAACUCCAAGCAGGGGCUGCGUUGUAAAGCCUGUAAACUGGCGGCCCACCUCUGGUGCUCGUCGGAGCUCUCGCAGCAGCCCUGUAACGGCAAGAGAGGAGCUUUCAAGAGGAACUUCAGCUCUCCUCUGAUAACCACUGAUGUACUGGGUGUGGUCACAGAGGCUCCUGCUGCCCAGGAGGCAGAUAAUGGCAUUGUUGACCCUGUGUAUGAGGCACUGCGCUAUGGGACGUCGCUGGCUCAGAUGAGUCGCUCCAGCUUUGGCAGUAUCUCAGAGUCACCGUGUCAUGAGGAGGAAAAACAGCCAGACAAACUAGAGAACCAGCCAAUAGCUGAAGAGGAACACAUCCCAGGAAUGCUCACCCCUCCUGAAAGCGAGAAGGCUGAUUCAGAAGACAGGGUCAGCCUGAAGACACCGAAGAGAGUAGAGGUUCACUCCAUCCACACCUAUGUGGCUCUGUACAAGUUUCUGCCUCAGGAGAAGAACGACUUGGAACUACAGCCUGGCGACAGAAUUCAAGUCACUGAUGACUCCAAUGAGGACUGGUGGAAGGGGAAGAGCAGAGACAAGGUGGGAUUGUUCCCGGCCAACUUUGUACAGCGGGUCCGUCCUGGUGAGCGGGUGUGGAAGGUCACCGCUGGUUUCCACGGCAACCGAGACAAAGGCCAGAUGACUGUGAAAGAGGCCCAGAUCUGUGUAGGGAAGAACGAGGAGAUUGACAGUUUCCUCCGACUGAGCAGCGGCAAGAAGCGAGGCCUGGUCCCCGUGACUUGCGUGCUGGAAAUAUGAUGACGGAACACUUCUCCUUGACCUCACAGUUUGAUAAAGACGUUCGCUAUGAUGGAGGAAUACUCAGGAGUGUUUUACCCAACACCUCACCCCGCCUCCACCCUUCCAAAAAGCGGCAGCGAAUUAGCAGCUUGAGUGGACGACGAGCCACUUCUCCAGAGUUCUUUAGAGCUACUUUUCUUGUAGCACAGCUUGACUUUUGUGUGUUUUUUUUCCACACACAACAACAGAAAUGUAGCAUCAUGUUGACGAGGAAAAGUGUGCAGGAAGUCUGGCUACCUCACUAGCCAUUUCCACUGGGAGAGAACUACAUUACUAUGAUGUCAAGGCGUGUCCAAGCCUUAGGGACAUUGUGAGCAAAACUGUCUUCAUGUCAUCAUUUGUUGUUAGAGGAAAAACGAGACAAAAGAGAUUGUGAACGAUUGUAGCUGUUUACUGUAGUGGCUUGUGCAAACACUUUUUUCAAGGGUGACGAUCCAGUUUUUUUUAUGUGUGCGGACUGCAGCUCACUACGUUGAAUGUCUGCUGUUGUAAUAUGGAUUCAUGAUGUGCAUAUGUGUCACAAAAUGAUUCAGGUAUUACAUUGUGUAUAUGUAAAAAAAAAAUGCAAAAGUCUUUCUGCUACAUUUUGGUCAAAUGAAAGUCAUAACACACAAACACACAAACACACACACACACACACACACACACACACACUGAGGUUUGUGUUUUUCAGACUGCUCUCCGGUGAUUAGAUUACGGCACAUUUGUGCUCUUCACAGCUCUGAUGUGACAAAUGCUUUGCGUGCACCUCGGGGAGCUUCUUACUCAGUACGCCCUUCAAUCACACCCUCGUUACACACACCAGAUUUUUAUAGUUGAAAUCCAACCACUAGAAUCUGCUUCCUGUCAUUAUAUCCUCAGCGUUGUUUAUCUGUAUGUAACGUCCUGUAAUACUCGCCGUCAUAUCUGGUUGCGGACAACCAUGAUGAUGUCUUGAUGUACAUUUUCUUGCAUGGACGAGCAGUGAAAAGAAAUCCCUGAAUUCCAGGAGGAUGGAUGAAAAACCAAACUUAGUGUUAUUUGUCAAAAAGGAGGUGGUGGAAACUUUUAAGUCUCAGAGCGUCUUGUUCCAAAUGAAUUUUUAAUGAGUGGCUAAUGUUUCUCCCAGCACACUUUUAAGUAACUCCGAGGGGACUGUUAUGGUUUCUGUUAUUUAAGGCAAAGUCACCACACAUCAUUUGAUAUUUUGCUCUGUCAUUAUAAACCACAAGGCGGUGACAUAACUGCCUUUGUUGCGGCAAUAACUGUAAAUAAAAACAUGACAGUAUUUGUAAAUAGCCUUAUAAAAAUAUUGUAUAUAUUGGCUCUGAGUCCAGGGGCCAACUAAGGGCAUUAACAUCACACUUACAAAUUACAGCAGAUUAUUAUUUAUCGUCCCACUUACCAAUAUAUGCAUCCCUUUGCUCUAUAAACAUCUAGCCCUGUCAGCACAAAUCUCCUCAAAUACUAUGCACAACCGUUCUAGUCACUCACUUUAUUUUGUACUCCAGUCUAGCCACAGUGUGUAAGUGUGCUUUUGCAAAGAUUUGAAUUUAAACAACAGCUUUUACAAAGAGUCCAUCCUGGAUCAGUCUGCACCACGCUUAUCCUAAACAUUACCUUCACUGACUAGAACCAAGAUUGGCUCAGGAUCAGUAUUAUAUCCAGGUGAAAUCCCUUUGGUCACCUCAAUGCACACGACCAGGCUAGUUCUUUGCAUGGCUAGCUGCCCUUUGAUCCUCACAUCUCUCAAUAAAGUCAGAUGAACUGUCAAA